UCUCUUUCUACGGCUUUUGUAUUGAGUUGAUCGACCCAUAUGUGUGACCUUUCUUGUUUUGAAUAUCGGUGGUGGUCUAACAAAGGUUGGGUUUCUUGCUUCGCCAUCCCCACAAACAACAAUAAAUAAUCUUUUUCUAGUUAUUAAUGGAUCGUCAAAGAGGCUAUUUAUUAUCGAUCAUCAGUUUUCUCCAUCCUAUUUCUUUGUUUUCACCAAAAAGUUUCAAGUUUUUAGAAACAAGGAAUCCAUUCCGACGAACACAGUAUUCUCAUUCUCCUCUCUAUCCAAGGAAGGAAGCAAGAGCUUUGCCGAUCAAAGCAACCCAAGACUCAGUCGAUUACUCCUUAUAUUUGGUUACUAGUGGCACAGAUAAAGAUAUUGAUUGUCUAUUGGAGAAGGUCAAAGCAGCUUUGAGUGGAGGAGUAACUAUUCUGCAAUAUCGAGAUAAACACAACUCUACUCGAGAUAUGAUUCGAAUGGGAAAGGAACUUUUACAUUUGGCUCAUUCCUUUCAAGUUCCAUUGUUAUUGAAUGAUAGAGUAGACGUUGCUUUAGCUAUCGAUGCGGAUGGAGUUCAUAUUGGUCAAGAUGAUAUGCCACUCGUUAUGGCCAGAAGGUUAUUAGGAUAUGGAAAGAUAAUUGGAGUAUCAGUUGGAAAUGAAGAAGAAGCAAUAGUUGCCGAACAACAAGGAGCCAAUUAUGUGGGAGUUGGUUCUAUUUUUGCUACUUUUAGUAAAGCAGAUGCUGGAGAGCCCAUAGGGUUACAAGCUUUGAGAAGUAUUGCUAGUGCAGUUUCUUCUAUUCCUGUAAUUGCAAUUGGCGGUAUCAAUGAACAAAAUGCAAGUCAGUGUAUACAAAAUGGAGCCAAAGGAGUUGCUGUUAUUUCUGCAAUCUUAUCCUCCAAUGACCCUCAACAGGCAGCAAUAAAUCUCAAAAAACAAAUUGUCCACUUGUAACAACAAAAUAAAUGUCAAGUUGAACCC